UUCUGCUGAAACGUUUCUCGGCUGUCGACAGGUUUUAGCUGAGAUGGCCAAUCAGACAAAAAGUAAAUAAAUCCGCGCACGUGUGAUUCUGAACCAGAUUUAUGCAUGCUUGUCUGAUCUCCGAUGGAUCGAUACUCUAUCCAUCAAUCCAUGUGCUGAUGUGCCGAUUAUUGGCCAUAUGGAGACAGGAAACACAAGCAGUGUACACAAAACAUCAGAGCCAACCAAACAGAGCUGAAUCAGCGAGUCACCGCAAAGUCAAGGAAGAAUCAGCAAGUUUGGCUCCACAAGGAAGAUUGCUGGAUAAAAGCGAGGAUCAUGACUGAUGAGACCGAUGUAAGUCAAAGAGUACAAGGAAAUCUACGACACGCCAUGAUCCGUGCCACUGGUCACAUAUAAGGAUUCGGUGGUUAUAAGGAUUCGGUGGUUGAGCCCAGGAUCUCGUUGGAUUCGACCAACAGGUGACGGAUUCGUGAACCUGGAAGAACAGAAAGCGAUGGAUUCGUGAACAUAUAUACAUGCGAUCGUCGUCGUAUCGUGCUCCUUCAGUUCCUUCCCCCAAAGACUCGAGCAAGCGAGCAGAGCCAAUCAUUCGAAGCCGAGCGCCGGAGCAAAGAGGAAGCUUAGCCAGCCAGCCGCCGCCAUGGAGGCGGGGAUGAGGGAGUGGUGCGUCGCGCUCCCCAAGGUGGAGCUCCACGCCCACCUCAACGGCUCCGUCCGGGACUCCACCCUCCUAGAACUCGCAAAACAACUAGGUGACAGAGGAGACAUUGUCUUUGAAGAUUUUAAGGAUGUGAUCAUGAAGAAUGGUAGAUCUCUUCCAGAGUGUACCAAGCUCUUUGAUUUGUUUCAUAUACUUACGACUGACCAUGAUACAGUAACAAGGAUCACCAAGGAGGUCGUGGGAGAUUUUGCUGCCGAGAAUGUCGUGUAUUUGGAAAUAAGGACAACACCUAAGAAUAACGAAGCCAAAGGGAUGACUAAGCGGUCUUACGUGAAUGCUGUUAUUAAAGGUCUUAAAACUGUCGAAGACGUUGAUGCUGUGUUAUUUGACUCUAACUUAAGACCAGAUGAGACAUUAAGUUGUACACCUCAGGGUGAUUUGGAUGGUGACACGAAGAAGAAGAUAUAUGUUAGGCUCCUGCUAAGUAUUGACCGUCGUGAGACAACUUUGGCAGCACUGGAUACUGUUAAUUUAGCCAUGGAAAUGAAGGACCAAGGCGUCGUUGGCAUCGAUCUCUCUGGCAAUCCAGUUGUAGGGGAAUGGGAGACAUACUUGCCUGCCCUUGAACAUGCUAAAGAGCUAGGAAUUCCCAUCACAAUACACUGUGGGGAGGUACCAAACAGGAAGGAGAUCCAAGCAGUGCUGGAGUUCUGCCCUCAAAGGCUGGGUCAUGCCUGCUGCCUCAACGACGAGGAACUGAAGAAGCUCAAAUCAUCGAUGAUCCCGGUGGAGAUAUGUUUAACCUCCAAUGUCAUGACUGGAGGAGCUCCUUCUCUGGAGCUCCAUCACUUCGCUGACCUCUACCAUGCGAAGCAUCCUCUAUCGCUGUGCACCGACGAUUCUGGCCUCUUCGCAACAAGCCUCUCAAACGAGUACUACCUCGUCGCAUCCACCUUUGGUCUUAGCAAGGCGGAGCUGUUUCGACUAGCCCAGAACGCGGUGGAGUUUGCGUUGGCGGACGACAACGUGAAGAAGUCCCUGAGGGUAGUGUUCGAGCACGCGGCAGGAAAGGGACUCAUGCCGUAGACUAUAUCCGUCUCUCCAGUGUAAUAUUAGACGUCCAUGGCAUAGAUCAGGAGGGGGGCAAAACAGAAAUCUCUUGUGUGGUGUGCCCCCGUGGGGAUCAAAUAAUGGCUAUAUCCUGAUUCAGCUCCUCCCAGAAUGGCUCCAUUCAGCUUAGUUUCCUCAUGUUUCUUCAGUUUUGCACCUAUGACACAUCCGGGCCAACUGGCCUGCUCCAUCUUGGAAGAAAAUUCCACGGUAA